AUGGCGUCACGGGAAGAUGCGAAGGAGGCAGCGCCUCCUGUUGCGGCGGAGAAGCCGCUCUCAAGGAAGGCCAUGCAGCGGACGAGCUCAAGAAUGGGUCUUCCCGGGCAGCCAGUUCGUACACCAUCCAGCUCUUCGACUGCAGAGCCUCCGAGCACCCAAGCUGUGGAGCAGGAGCAGCAGGACCAACCUAUGCACUUCAUGCCGAAAGCCUACAGUGAGAUGGUGCCCAUGACACGCGAGUCGUCGUUUGUUGGGCCUGGGCCGAUCCGGGCAAACUCUGAUGGUAUCGUGCCAUUCCUGCGGAUGGUCCCUGACAGUGCUCCGAUGCAGGACGAGGAAAUCGUCUUCGUCCCCAAAAGCUUCUCGGAGGUGCAGAUGCCCUCAAAUAGCCUCUCGUUCGAACAGAUGCCGGCGUCCAAUUCGGACGGCCUGCUGGCGAAUCGUGCCUUCAUGCGCGCAGUUGACGCGGCAAGAGCACAGGCGGCUCAACAGAAAGCGGAGGAAGCGGCAACUCGCUUGCCGGGCGGCGUUAAGCGGCAAGCACAGCUCUGUUUGAGCCAACUCUCCAUGGAGAAGCUUUACGAGGGUAAAAUUGUCAUAGCCUUCAAGUUGGGACUCCUUGUAGACAUCAACGCGGAUGUCUUGGGCUUGCUUCGCUGGAAGCAUGUGAAGGGGGUGCCCAGGAAACUCCUGAAAGAAGGGGGCAACUUGGCCAACCUUCGUGUCGAGAAGGUGCGAGGAGAAAGAUUUACUCUACGCCUGGAGUGCAUCGGCCUCCCCGGCCAGACCGUCGAAGAGACCGAAUACCCGGACAUCGUCGCCCGGGUGUACGACUGGGCCAUCGCGCCAAAGCUGCUCGAUGUCUCAGUUUCCGAAGAAGAGAUUACUCCGACAGCUGCACAGAAGCAGCGACUUGGGAGAAUGGGCCCGAGAAAUGUCGGGGACGGCGAGGGGCUCGCAAUCCGCGGGCCCGCGCCCUUUAAUGCCCGCCGCUUCCUUCGGCCCGGCAAGUGCGGGCCACGCUACUCGGACCAGCCGUGA